AUGGCGGACCUUGUCCAACAGAAUAUGGAAGACAUGGUACCAGAACUUAGUGCAUUCAGUGCACUUAAGAUAUUUGAAUCUGAUGAGAUAAGACAUAUUAUUAAGAUAAGGAAGGAUUACGAAUUUCAGGUUAUAAACAAUGACCCUAUUGUGUCAAAAAAGGGCUAUAGGCAAUAUAUAAACUUUGAGAAACAGUUAGACUCCGUGGUAAAGCAGCGUAUCAAAUCUUUGAAAUUAUCAAAGGUAUCUGUACCAAAGAUUAGGCGCAAAAAACAAUGGAAAAGGGGUCGACUAGUCCAUUCUGCCGUGGUUAAACAAGAUCCAGCAAAGAUAGCUAGAAUAGCUAUAGGUAGAAGAAUCCAUUUUUUAUACAAAAGGGCCAUCAAUAAAUUCGAAGAAGAUAACAAAUUGCGAUUAGAAUACAUAAUAUAUUGUAUGGAACAUGGUUCGCAUAAAAAAGCUGAGGAUGGACUUUGGAACGUACUAUCUAAACGUCCUAAUGAUAUUAAUUUGUGGUUAUACACCGCUUCAAUAACAAUGGAAAAAAGAGGUAUCGAUGCUACAAUUAAUGUAUUGACUAGAAGUAUCCGAAACGUUCAUAAUCUGAAACUAUACCAAACACUACUGCAUUUGCAAAUAGAACGUGCAUAUCAUAAUUUUAAAAAUGGACUACGUGGUAUCGAUUUGUCAACAUGGGAUAUAGUAAUUAAGCAUGCUAUCAAAAGAUUGCCCAGUCAUGAAGUUACUCCUUUCAUUCUCUCAUUGAUCGAUAAAAUGUGUAAGGUUAUGGUUAGCGGUAAGUUUAGAGAAUCUCUGGCUGAUUUCGAUGGGUUUGUUGCCAAUAUAAAUGAUAUUCUAUAUGAAAAAUCUAAAGUUGAACCCCUAAUAUCCGCAUAUAUGUGGAAAGUCCAUAUUACUGAAUUGUUGGUGGAUACUAUUUAUUUCAAGGGUGAAAAUACUUUCGAACAAUUAUUCACUGACAUAUUAGUACAAUGUGGAAAUGAUUGCUUCAAAAUAUAUUUACUGUGCGCUUUGUUGUACUACGUUUUCAAUGAACCUGAUUUUUUUUCUGUCGAUGGAUACAGUACUAAUUCUAAAUACUUGUUAACAUUUAGUGCAGAAGAGAUGGUCAAAUUGUAUCCAAAUAAAACCAAGCUGUUGCUAUAUUACCCAGAAAUACUGAUCAUUGCUAAUUUAUCGCCAUAUACAUCGCAACCAUAUAAAAGUCUAUAUAUAAGUACCUCUAAUCUGUUGGUAAAGACAAAGGAAUUUAUAGCAAGCAACCUUAAUAGUAUAAAUUGGGAUAAUCGGAUGGAAGUUAUUAUUAAUGAAUUGAUACAAGAAAACGUGGCUAGUUCGCAAGAAUUGGAGGAGGAAAAGGCAAUUUGCAUUAGUGCAAUUUUGCAAGUGCUAAAGUCUUGUGGAAAGAAUUACAAAUACAUCAUGGAUAACCUAGAAAAUAUAUCAUCAGGGUUGCUGACUAUUAUGUUAAUGAUUGAAGACAUUUCCCUUGAAAAGUUUGAUAAAUUUAUUAAGCUAAAAACUUUCAAAAUCACUAGGCCGAUGGAAUCUGAAUUGUUGGUGGAGAAAAUGCUGCAACUCACAAACAAGCAAUACAUCAUAUACGAACUAUUUGACCAUUUCAGUGAGGAUACAAUCGAUAUAGGUAUUGAAAUGGCACUGAAAACGGUAUCUGUUAAGGAAAUACCAUCAAACUUGACCCCAGUAGUCAAAUUAAAACUAUGUGAAGGUGUAAUAAAAAGCGGAGAGGUUAAAAAUGCUGAAUUAAUAAACCUUUUCUCUGUGCACCAGAAUAGAUUGGAGGCGAUGGAACAACUAGCUGUUGAAAAGAAAGUUGAAGUGGCUGGAUGGUUGGAUUAUAUCGAGUUUUCUAAAAAAUUUCAGGAUAUGUUCCCACACAAAUGUGGCGUACCCAGUCCUGGGGUUAUAUACAACAAGGCUGUGGCCAGACUAGGCCCCGACUUCCUUAAUUAG